AUGGUUACAGUGAAGGAGAUGAAAGACCUUUUUAAGAAAGAAUUAACGCCAAUCAACAAUACUCUCCAGCAAUUAAGCUCUAAUUUUGAUGGCUUAAAAGAUUCGGUCAAGUUUCUCUCAGACAAAUACGACGAUUUACUUCGCGAACUGCACUCAAUGAACGAGAAACAUGAUUUGCAAAGCAAGAAUUUAAAGAAAGCUAGAGAAGAACUAAACGAGGCAAAACAACGUGCCGCAGAAGCAAAACAACAAGUCGAAGAACUUGCACAAUAUAUAAGGCGUGACUGUGUGGAAAUCGCUGGAAUUCAACCUACAAGGGACCUAUCAUGUGAAGCAAUAGUGAAUUCAAUUGGCGAAACAAUUGGAGUUCCCAUUACAGCCGACGACAUAUCAAUCGCGCAUCCAAUACCAUCGUAUAAUCAAUCUGCAGCGCCUAAAUUAAUUGUAAAAUUCACUCGAAGACAAGUACGGAAUAAGUUUUAUCAAGCCCGUAAGAAGCUUGCCUCUAAGAAAGCGAAAGAUCUUCCUCGACUUGAUCUCGAGUCCGAUGCACGGGUAUACAUUUCUGAAUCUCUGACCCCUUACAAGAAGAACUUAUUUGGUCAGGUCAAUAAACUCAAGAAGCGAUUGAAAUGGAAAUACAUUUGGACAUAUAAUGGACGGAUUUACCUCAAGCAAGACGAGAACAAUGUCGUGCAUACUUUCGACACGCUGGAAGACUUCGAUAAAUUCCAAUCAAGGAAUCACUCAACUAACAACUAA